UCUCCCUAGGAAGCAGAUAACAGGAACUUUGAAAUGAGCCCUGUGCUGGUUACAAUGGACUAACCUGAUUAGAAAUCUUGCAAACUCUUGUUUCUCUCUCUCUCUCUCUCUCUCUCUCUCUCUCUCUCUCUCUCUCUCUCUCUCUCUCUCUCUCUCUCUCUCUCUCUCUCUCUCCUGCUCGCUGUAUUCCCCCACAGGCUGAAUUAUAGCUCUCCUACCAGUCCCACAGCGUUGAAUGAUGUCAUGGGAUCUGCAGUUCGCCUAGAUGAAAGGGAUAAAGCACAACCCGCUGGCACUAGGAAAAACUCCCAACACACAAUCCACAACACAGCUUGGGAACUGAAAAAGCUACAGAUCCAGCCACUCAACUCGGGGGAGCCAGGAAGGAAUCCUCCGCAUUCUCCCGGCCCAGAAACGAGGGGAGAAGCCAAAGUGAGCAACAUUUAACAAAGCCAUUUAAGGACCCAGAAGGCAGGGAGGUAACAACCUGCCGAAAAGAGAAUUUUCUUUUUAACACAUAUUUGAAAAGAAAAAAAGCCAAAACAACUUAGCACUGCCUUUGAUGCAAUGGCAUCUGAUCACUGAUCAGAUUACAGGCAUUUGGUCUCCGUGCUCGUCUGCCUUUGAUCUGCACGGUUAAUUUUAUUUUCCUGGAUUUGGAGUUUCGUCCGGACUUGUGCUGACACACAUUUUUGGGGGAGGAAGAAGCAUUUGGUACAGAAGUGGUGCCAGUGUGAAACUAAAUUACUGAAAGGGCGGAGACUGGAGAGAUUUCAGCACGUUGCAGUUUUCACAUUGGGAAUAUAAUUCAUCAAAGGAGAUGGAACCUAAAAGAUCGCCAAAAGAACUAUUAUUCACGAUAGCAUUUUUACUAGCACAUUUGCCACAUAAAAUAAUGUCUGAAACAGGAGACUGCAGACAACAAGAAUUUAGGGAUCGCUCAGGAAACUGUAUCCCUUGCAAACAAUGUGGCCCAGGAAUGGAGCUGUCUAAGGAAUGUGGCUUUGGUUAUGGGGAGGAUGCACAGUGCAUGACAUGCAGGCCGCACAGAUUCAAGGAGGACUGGGGCUUUCAGAAAUGCAAACCCUGUCUGGAUUGUGCAUUAGUGAACCGAUUUCAGAAGGCCAACUGUUCUGUCAUCAAUGAUGCUGUUUGUGGGGAUUGCUUACCAGGAUUUUACAGGAAGACAAAGCUUGUCGGCUUUCAAGACAUGGAGUGUGUACCUUGUGGAGAUCCACCACCCCCAUAUGAGCCUCACUGUACAACUAAAGUAAACCUUGUGAAGAUCCCAUCCACCACUUCCAGUCCAAGAGACACGGCUCUGGCAGCUGUGAUCUGUAGUGCACUUGCCACCGUUCUGUUGGCCCUGCUCAUCCUUUGUGUCAUCUACUGUAAGAGGCAGUUCAUGGAAAAGAAGCCACGCUGGUCUAUGAGAUCACAGGAUAUCCAGUACAAUGGGUCAGAGCUGUCAUGUUUUGACAGACCUCAGCUUAAUGAAUAUCCUCACAGAACUUGUUGUCAAUGCCAUCAAGAUUCAGCACAGACUUGUGGGCCAGUCCACUUGAUUCCUUCCUUGUGCUGUGAUGAGACCUGUAGCAUGGAUCAUGGCACUCGGGGCUGUGCUCUCCACUCCAGGAGCACCCUUCACGAAAGGAAUGCAAGUUCAGUGGGGGAAAUGCUUCCAACAUUCUUUGGUUCCAUUUCCCACUCUACCUGCGGUGAGCUCUCAGAUGCCUGGCCACUCAUGCAGAAUCCCAUUUGCAGUGACACACUCUCUUUCUCUGAAUCUUACUUGGAACUGAAUGGAGGAGAGAGAAAUUCACUCAACCUGGAAGCCGAAAACUCAGCCACUUUGGAUUCAAACAGUAGCCAGGACCUGGUUGGUACAGUGACUCCACUUCAAUCUCAUUCUGAAAACUUGGCAGAAACUACUGAAUGGUCUCAACAAAACAUACCAACAGACCCAUCACUAACUCAGGAGACUUUAUCUUUUAGAAACCAACUGGAGCAACAGAAUGAGGAUACCAUGAAUAUGGUCCCCCAACCUUCCCUCCAGGAAGCCUAAAGGACUCUUUUCUACCAGGAAUGGAAGUGUACAUAACCCUAAUGCCACUCUGCUAAUACUGGGGAACCGAACCCCAUCUGGACCUUGGAUGGUUUUUGAGAAAGCUGAAUUGAACUGGCUACGUUUCAAGUCUUUCAGCCAAUUGUGCCUGAGCCAGACCAGCUGGGAGCUGAAACCCCAGGGCAUAACUCGAGAAAAGACUAAAGGCAGAUUCAUGAUACUUUGCAUCUCUUCCAAAUAAGCAGUUUCCAUGCUACAUGUGUGACUGAAAGGACUAAAGGAUUGAGCUUGAAGAUAAAGAGAUUAUAUCCAUGUAACUGGAAGCAGAAUUGAGUUAGGACCUGUAUUCCUCCACCAAACAGCUGCAUGAGACUGAAGAGAUGGGGCAUUUGUGGAGUUCACGUUUUGUUUUCAAAAACAAAUGGAGUAAAUGGCAUCAUACUAGACAUCAGCUUAGAUUGUUUGGUUUUGAUGUAGAAGGAACUCAAAAGUAAGUUCUUCUGCUUGUUCAAAGGCCCUUUUUUGAUAGUUUAGGCUCCUGAGCCCAGGUGAUUAGAGUAUUAAUGAGGCCAGAGGUUUGGGGUAAUCUCUACCCAGGCUGGUUAGCUUCUCAUAUAAAGAAGAACUAUACACAGACUGCAUCCCCAGUGGUAACCAGGAAUCUGACAGAUGUAUGCUCUUGGUCAUAAUGGAGAGUGCACAAGAGAGUGGAUGGCUCAGUGUCAUCUAGCACCAUUACUGCCAAAAAAAAGUAACAAUGCACACACAUUACCAGCAGUGGAUCAUCUUUAUGUACAACGGACAAUGCGCAAAUGUAUGUAUUGAUGAGGAAGCUUUUUAUUGUUACAUCUGUUUCCAAGGUUGAGCUUCCAAUGCUCAGAAAUGUCUACAUCAUAGUUAACCAGUAUUUCUAGGAUAAAGAGCUUUUAUUAAAGUAGUGCCUUUUGUAUGGAAGGCUUAAUAAGCUGUAACAUAGCAGAUUCAUCCACCAUUAGAGUGUAGAAUUUGUUAGUAGCCUUUGACAAAACUCCACAGUACAUCAAAACCAGAAGAGUAUUUGAGGCUGGUAGUAUGUAGUUACAUUAGAAGGGGGUCCUUAACUAGUGCCACUAUGUUAUGGUACCGAAGCCUCUCCCUGCCCCCAUCAGAAUUACUAACUGCCUGUAGGAGCAUAGGAGAAUCAUAAAAGCACUCACUCCAUCCCCUAUCACCUCUGGAUUUGUGCACUGGAUACCCUGAAGUGAUUUGCUAGAAAGAAGAAAAAAUAACCCUGGUGGGGUGAAAAAAGAGAUGUGCCUGGUACGUUUGGGCAGUCUAUUCCCUUUUCCUGUGGCUGAGGAAAAGUUUAAAAAGGGCUCCCCUUCUUACUGCUAGAGCCAACACAAUCAGGUUUUUCCUGUGUCUUUUAACCAAUUCCUCUUGUUAACUCUUGGCCACAUUUGCACUUUUCAAACUUUGAUUUUUAUCUCAUCAGCAUUGUCUUUUUUUUCCAGUCCAUUUAUGUACUUAAGGUUUAAAGCUAAUGUUCAUUUUUUCCCCCAGUCUUGUUUAAGUCCAGCUUUUCAAGUGGAUUUUGCCCGCUUAUUUUUGUACAUUGUGGUUUGAUAACAGUGGAAAACAUAAUUUGUCCUCUUCCAUAUAGCCUUGCCUCUCUCCGGUCAGUGUGUGGUUGAGGUACAUCUUUGUUAGCUUGUCUUGUUUUUUCUCCCAUCUUAUUACCUCACUUCCUUCCAGCUGAAAAAGGAAAUUACGUGGUUUCUCAUAGUCUAUAAUCUUCCAUGUCUACCAUGUGGACAAACAGAAUUGAAUUUUUUUUAGAGUAUUAACACUACUAUUAGUUAAGUACAAGAGCAAUCGUGUACAUUGCAGUA